CUCAGGGUUACAGUGGUGCAUUCGCAUUUUUCUUUUAAUAACUGAGAGCAUCAUUCAUUUUUUUUUUUUCUUUCAAGCUUUAAGUAUUUCUUAGGCCAGUUGCAUGCAUUGUUCGUCUCCAAAAAUGGUUUGCGAGACUAAAAUUGUUGCGGAUGAACAUGAUACCAUACCUGGGACCAAAAAAGAUUCGAUUAUUGUUUCUUCUUCUCAAAUGUGGACUUCCUCUCCGUCAUCCCCCGGCACUAUAGAGGGAAAAGAUGCGAGAAAAGAAACAGUUUUCAUCCGCGAAUUUGAACGCUCGGACCGUGCGGAGGUCCGGCGAAUCUUUUACGAAGGGAUAAUGGAACGGAUACCCAAUACGGCUUUUCGGGGGCUAAAACAUCAAACUCACACGCAACUCGUUUAUGCUUUUCUGACACUAAUGUGCUUUGUUGUGACCAAAUCCUUCGUGCUGACCUGCUGCGCGCCAUUCUUUCUAAUGGGCGCGCGUUACUACUUCAGUAGGAAAGUUAUCCUCAGCUAUCUCGAUUACGCACUGCAAACGGACAUGGCUGACAUUGAAGAGUAUUACAUGAAACCAGCAGGCUCCUGUUUCUGGGUGGCGGUGCUGGACGGCCGGGUGGUGGGCAUCGUGGCGGCGCAGGGCACGGAGGACGACAACGCGGUGGAGCUGCGGCGGAUGUCGGUGGACUCGCGCUUCCGGGGCAAGGGCAUCGCCAAGGCGCUGGGCCGCAAGGUGCUGGAGUUCGCCGUGCUCAACAACUACUCGGCCGUGGUCCUGGGCACCACCGCCGUCAAGAUGGCCGCCCACAAGCUGUACGAGUCGCUGGGCUUCCGGCGGGUGGGCGGGAGCGAGGACUACCGGCUGCCUGGCAUGAGCCACUCGCCGCUGGAGAGAAUGUUCUUCCAGAUCCGCCACCACCGCUACCGCCUUCAGCUGCGUGAGGAGUAGAGCCCC